AUGGUGACUGUAAUGAAAGUAGAGAAAGCCCCACAGGAGACAUACGCAGACAUCGGAGGUUUGGACAACCAGAUUCAAGAGAUCAAGGAGUCUGUGGAGCUUCCCCUCACACAUCCAGAGUAUUAUGAAGAGAUCGGAAUAAAGCCGCCUAAAGGGGUCAUUCUGUACGGUGCACCGGGAACAGGCAAGACUCUUCUGGCGAAGGCGGUGGCGAACCAGACGUCUGCCACCUUCCUGAGGGUGGUGGGCUCAGAGCUUAUUCAGAAAUACCUGUGCGAUGGUCCCAAACUGGUGCGAGAGCUCUUCAGAGUGGCUGAGGAACACGCUCCGUCCAUUGUCUUCAGAGACGAAAUUGACGCUAUUGGCACAAAGAGGUAUGACUCUAAUUCAGGAGGAGAGCGUGAGAUCCAGAGAACGAUGUUGGAGCUGUUAAACCAGUUGGAUGGAUUUGACUCCCGCGGAGACGUUAAAGUCAUCAUGGCUACUAAUAGGAUAGAGACACUUGACCCAGCUCUCAUUAGAGCAGGUAGAAUCGAUCGUAAGAUUGAGUUCCCACUGCCGGAUGAGAAGACUAAGCACAGAAUCUUUCAGAUCCACACCAGCAGGAUGACGGUAGCAGUUGAUGUGACUUUGGAUGAACUCAUCCUGGCUAAAGAUGACCUCUCCGGUGCUGACAUCAAGGCCAUUUGCACAGAGGCAGGGCUGAUGGCUCUAAGGGAACGGAGAAUGAAAGUUACUAAUGAAGACUUCAAGAAGUCCAAAGAGAACGUCUUGUACAAGAAGCAGGAGGGGACACCAGAGGGGCUCUACCUUUAACAUGUCAUUAUCCAGUCUUUUUUUAUAUUUUUUUUUUAAAUGUAUUAACUCUGAUUCCUGACUUAAUCCUCUGUUCAUUUGUGCUCAAUGCCAAUUAAAUAUUUAAGUUCA